UGGGUUUCUCUUGCAGAAGAUAAAAGAGACUGAAAAGUGCCUCUUUCUCCGACCUAUACGAGCGUUUUAUGUUUCUCUCUAGACUCCAUGCCCUUCGCCGUCUGAUGAACGGAUGUUAGCGUAUUUUACUGGGGGAAAAAAGGGGCCAAAAUCAGAUUUAUUUCGAAUGCAAAGACUGGAUAAAACGCCACUGUACUUGCAACAACGGCCAUCUGUUUUCGGUGAAGGAUGCCCCAGUCCUCUUCUCCCAUCUGAAGACGGUAGGACAGUAGUCUGAAGAUGAAGCAGGAUCCAUUGACCAAGGGUGGUAACACAGCCACAUCCUGUCCAGGAAGGAUAGACUCUAUUGGGGUAAUGAUGCUAGCCAGCACCCCCUCCUCCACUUCCUCCAUCUCUUCCUCAAUAUCCUCCCUCUCUUCCUCCAUCUCUUCCUCAUCCUCCUUGCAGGGAGAAAAGAGAAGGGGAGAUGAGGAGUUCAUUUGUCGAGAGGAGGAGGAAGGGGACGUGGUCAGCGUUGCUAUAGUGACCAUAGCGGAGGAGUCCUGCCCUUCCGAACCGUUUGGAACUGUCGCCCACGGGGAGGUAGCAGCCAAUGAGAGUGGGGUGAGGGAUGGGGACUGCCAAUCAAAAACUAACCAAAGUACCCAAACUGAAGAAGAGGAGAAGCAUGAGGAGGGGGAAGGAGGAGAGGAGGAGGAGGAGGAAGAUGAGCUGGCUGAAGAUGAGAGUGACCAUUCUGCCCUGUUGGAGGGUGAUGAGGGAAGGAACCAGGUGUUUGUCUCGGAUGAUAACUUGGGGUUGUCAGACAGUCUGCCCCCUGGAAAACCAACACUCCUCAACAUCAAGAUGAAGAGGAAGUUGGACCAUGGACCAGACGUCAGGCCGUUCUCUUCAGGCAAGAAACACUGCAAAGGUUCCAGCUACCUCAGUCCCUGCAGUCUCGUUCCAUUCCAGACCACGCCCACCACCUUUGGAGACCUGCGAGCAGCCAAUGGGCAUUCAGCUCAGCGGAGACGUGUCACCUCAGGCCCUCCCCCCUCCGGCCUACAGGACUGGCUACACACCUUCCAGGCGUGGAGUGGUCCUGAGCGCCUAUUGGCUCUGGAUGACUUGAUUGACAGCUGUGAGUCCAAUCAGGUGAAGCACAUGAUGCAGGUUAUUGAGCCUCAGUUCCAACGAGACUUCAUCUCCCUGCUGCCCAAAGAGUUGGCCCUGUGUGUCUCCUGUACCCUGUGUGUCCUGACGUUGAUAUGA